UAUAUAUCGAAAUAAAUAUAACAACAGACUCGAUCGAUCGGAGCAUGACGACCGCCGCACCUUUCUCUGGUCCAGUCGGAAAUUCCAGAUGGUCACUUGCCGGAAUGACUGCUGUCGUCACCGGUGGUACACUCGGGAUCGGUUAUGCUGUGGUGAAUGAACUGGCGGAGUUAGGGGCAGAAGUGCACACCUGUUCUCUUAACGAGUCUGAACUUAACUCACGCUUACAAGAAUGGUCCGACAAAGGCUUUAAGGUCACUGGAUCCUUCUGCGACUUAUCUUCUCGUCCCCAACGGGAGCAGUUUGUGGAAGAAGUCACAUCACUUUUCGGUGGCAAGCUCAACAUCCUAAUCAACAAUGUUGGGACAAACAUAUUUAAAACUACGUUAGAGUUUACCGCAGAAGAUUAUUCCAAGAUCAUGGCUACCAAUUUGGAGUCUUGUUACCAUAUGUGUCAACUUACACAUCCUCUUUUAAAAGCUUCUGGAGCUGGAAACAUAGUGUUGAUUUCAUCUGUUGGAGGUCUUAUUCACGUUUCUGGUGGGUCUAUUUACAGUGCCACCAAAGGUGCUAUGAAUCAGCUUGCAAAGAAUUUAGCAUGUGAAUGGGCUAAAGACAACAUUCGGACUAACAGUGUAGCACCAGGGUUCACUAAAACCCCACUCAUUCAGCAUUUUGUUGAAAGCGAGGAGUUUCUGGAAGCUAUGGCGUCUAGAAUUCCUCUGAAACGCGUUGCAGAACCAAAUGAAGUUUCAUCUCUUGUAGCGUUCCUUUGUAUGCCUGCUUCUUCUUACAUCACUGGCCAAACCAUUGCUGUUGAUGGUGGACUUACGGUCAAUGGAUUCCCGUGAGUGCAACGUACGUACUUGCAGUACUUUGUGUAUUGCUCACGCCAUGCUAUCAAAAUUACGAGUUAUUGAUGUUUCUUUUGAUGUUCUAUCUCUCUCUUUUCGUCUGUAAGUUGUUUGUUAUAUAAGUAAAAUGGUUGAAAUAAUUUGACUCGUGAUUUACGUUA